GAAGCCGCGAGCCGACCUCGGCUACCACACGUGGCCAGCUCCCACUCGGCGAUGCUCGACUAGGAACCCCGUCUCGCCCAGGAAGACCCCAUGAACCCAGGAAGGCGGUGGCGAGGAGCUCCAGAGCUCUUGCUGCUCUGUUUAUUUUAUGGGGCCGUUUCGCCUGCCACCGGAAAUGGAGCAGUCGGUUGCCUUUUCAGCGAGAACCUCUGUCUACCCGAAACGGAAUUUUGCUAUGACGAUCUUGCAUUUGGACGAUGCAUCUCGCUCGAGUCCAACAGGGAGGACGAAGAUCUAUUUCAAUACAAUUUGGGGCUCGCGGAAUUGCGACUGCUGAGACUGGAACUAAAGAAAUUGGAGACCGCAGGGUUCAAAUGGUCCCACCCUUAUUCUCAGUGCAUCAUUCAGAGUACCUUAUAUUCCAUUCGCCUUGGAGUUGAACACGACCUCGAGAGCUGCGAGUAUUCCAGAGAGAGCAACAGGCACCGAUUCAUCAAUUUGCCGGAAGAUAAUUCGCAGCCUCUACCCAUAGCCGUGGUCAAGUUCAAGCCCAGCGAAGGAAAUCCCCACGGCGACUACGCCGACGAGCUGUACUAUCCCCCGGAAUUUGAAGAGCACCUCGGUCGCGGCUUCGUCGGGUCCAGGACUCUCGAGAACCGAUGGUCGCCCGAGGGGAUUCGAGAAAACUACAUCCCGGACUCGGCAGACGUCUUCAACGAGCCAAUCCCGAGGAAGCUGUCCGAGAGAGUCGUCGAGAUGCCGUCCAGGGGCUUCCGGAACUCGGAGGACGUCAUCGAUGAGGCCUUCGAGGUCCAGAGAAGACCCCACAGGAACGCCGAAGUUCCCUUCGAGCGGAGUCGGGAUCCUGAAAAGGAGAGUCGGUUCUUCAGGGCCAUCGAUUUCGACUUCUCUCCCCGCUCUGCCGUGGACUUCUCCUCGAGGGGAGGUCUCGGGGGCAAGGGUGCUUCGGGAAAGGUGGAGGAAAGGUUCAGGGCGAGAGGCAAACCCGAUGGAGCGAGGUACCGGGUACGACCGGAGGCUCCAUUCGUUCUGGAGGACCCUGAGAACUUCCAGGACGAGGAGGAGACUUCUGGGACGAUCGGGGACUACCAGGAUUACGAUGGAGAUAGACAGGUGGACCUGGAGUUUCUGACGAGGCCGGUCCACGGGGAUGCUGCGAUCCGCGCUAGGGAGAUGUACACCGAGGGGGGUCCAGUGGAGUCUUUCGCUCGUGACGCCGAUAGAUCUGACGAUCCGGCCGACAUCGUAUUCGACGACGAUUUGGAUACUCUUUUACUGAGACGAGAGUUGGCCGGAUUUAAACGUAGAGAACGACUCGACGUGAAGAAGCCGGGUCCCCCGUUUGCCACCAACAAUUACGCCUUCAAGCCUCAGACGUUGACUGCCGAUUCCGAAGCUGAAAACGAUCACGAGGCGCGGGCCGAUCGGCUUACGAUGACGAAGAAAGAACUGGGCACAGGUGGACGUAUAAAUGCAGUCUCUCCAAAAUCUUACAAGAACGUGGACAUGGAUCACGUUUACAUAGAGUUCAAGCAGGAGUUCCACACGUGGUACGAGGGAGAGCGCAUCGUUGAGAAAGUGGGCAGUCUUCUGGGUCUGGAGCCAGGUGCUCUGACGGAUGUGCGCGUGGGAAGAGCGGAAGUGACGUUCAAGGUGACAGAGAACGAGAAGAAGUAUAACGCCUCCGACGUGCUCGAUCGAAUAGGAGACAUUCGCGGGAAGCUGUGGGACUCAUUGGGAGUGGAGGUGCUUCGAGCAGGAAUAGGAGACAAGGCGAAGCUGCCGGCGACCCUGGAGGUUAUAAACGGUCCGGAGGAAGACUCGACCGCGUUCACGGUCAUGGUGGCGGCCGGGGCGGCGACGGCGGGCGCCGCGGCGAUCCUGAUCGUCCUGAUCGCCCGCCGACACGCAGCAGCCCGCGCCAAGUUGGCCGGCCUCGCGACCCACGACCCGGAGGCCUCUAAGGACUACCAGGAUCUGUGCCGGGCGAGGAUGCAGGCGAAGCAGCCAGCCGAGAAGCCGGAGUCGCCGCGCGUCAUCAGCCUCUCCCGCGAGAGCGACUCGGCCAACUCGCCCUCCAACCGUUCCAGCACAUCGUCCUGGGGCGAGGAACCCGCGCUGACCAACAUGGACAUAUCAACUGGGCACAUGGUCUUGUCGUACAUGGAGGACCACCUUAAGAACAAGGAUCGACUGGACCAGGAAUGGACGGGUCUCUGCGCGUACGAAGCCGAGCCGUCGUCGACCGGCAUCGCCGAGGAUCCCGAGAACGUGGAUCGCAACAGACCCGGAGCGGUUCUCCCGUACGACCACUCGAGGGUAGUACUCAACGACCUCGCCAACGUCAACAGCUCGGACUACAUCAAUGCCUCCACCAUCCGAUCGACGGACCACGACCCAAGGAACCCCGCGUACAUAGCCACCCAGGGACCGCUGCCUAGCACCUCCUCGGACUUCUGGCAGCUGGUCUGGGAGCAAGGGAGCGUCGUCAUCGUCAUCCUGACCAGGCUGACCGAGGAAGGGAACGCGAUGAGUCACCGUUACUGGCCCGAGGAAGGUUCCGAGCUCUACCACAUCUACGAGGUCCAUCUGGUCUCGGAGCACAUCUGGUGCGACGACUACUUGGUGCGCUCCUUCUACCUGAAGAACCUCAGGACGGGGGAGACCAGGACGGUCACGCAGUUCCACUUCCUCUCGUGGCCGGCCAACUCGGUGCCGCACUCCACCAAAGCGUUGCUGGAAUUCCGCAGGAAGGUUAACAAGUCCUACCGAGGCAGGUCCUGUCCCAUCGUCGUUCAUUGCAGCGAUGGCGCCGGACGCACCGGGACCUACUGCUUGAUCGACAUGGUCUUGAACCGGAUGGCGAAGGGUGCGAAGGAGAUCGACAUCGCGGCCACCCUGGAGCACAUCCGCGACCAGAGGCCGGGGAUGGUGGCCACGAAGCAGCAGUUCGAGUUCGUCCUCAUGGCGGUGGCCGAGGAGGUCCACGCGAUCCUGAAGGCGUUGCCGAAUCCUUCGAUCGACAAGUCGACGGCGCCGGCCGCCACGACGAGCACCGGCAAGGGCCAGUAAAAGGACGACCCCGAAGGCCGGUCAGGACGCCGAUUUGGCCCUCGACGGACCGUACAAACUUGAAGACGAGACAAGCGAAUCGGCGCGCCCAAAGCUCGACGGACUCGCGACAGAAACGGCUCUACGGUGCUGGGAAGGCUGAUCACUAAUUAUUGGCCUGGGAAAUAGAUCUCGAUCGAAAUGAUCAACUAGUCGAUCCA